CUGUCAUAUUUGAGAGAUAAAUGUUUAAACUUCAAUACUAAUCACUUUCAGUUCGACAAAAUGCAGCCACUCACUAACAUAUUAAACUUAAACAUCGAAGAGUAUAAAAAACUCUUCGAUGGUAUUGAAGUUAUCGUAACAGAUUGUGACGGCGUUUUAUGGGUAGACAAUGAGCCAAUACCAGGAUCUGCUGAGAUGAUCAAUGAAUUUAGAAACCAAGGAAAAAAGAUUAUUUUUCUUACAAACAAUUCGACGAAACAUCGAGAACAUUUCUUGAUUAAGUUAAACAGGCUUGGUUUUAUUGCAGAGAAGCAAGAUAUUGUAUCUUCAGCAUCGAUAGUAGUCUCUUUUUUAAAAAGGAAAGGAUUUAACAAAAAAGUGUAUUUAAUUGGGUCCACGGGACUUGCAAGGGAACUUAAAGAUGCCGGAAUAAAUCACUUAGAAAUAGGUCCAGAUGUAAUAAUCCACAACAAUUUAUACAAAACCGUAGAUACUUUUCACGCUGAUCCAGAAGUAGGAGCCGUCGUUGUAGGCUUUGAUGAACAUUUUUCUUAUGUAAAACUUUUAAAAGCUGCUUCAUAUCUGAACAAACAGUCAUGUAUUUUCCUGGCCACAAAUAAAGACGAAAGAUUUCCCAUAAGUUCCAAAAUAGUUGUACCUGGAACUGGAGCGAUUGUAAAGUCUAUUGAGACAGUAUCUCAGAAAGCAGCAAUUCUUCUUGGGAAGCCAAGCAGUUAUGUUGUUAAAACUCUUGUUGAUGACUACGGGGUUCAACCUAUGAGAUGUUUAAUAAUAGGCGAUAAUUGCAAAACAGAUAUUUUGAUGGGUUCAAGAAGUGGACUUAAAACUCUAUUAGUAUUAUCAGGUCUAACAAAACUACCAGAAGUUGAAGCUUGGAAGAAUUCAUCUAAUAGAGAUGAUUCUGAAUUCGUACCAGAUUAUUAUGUUGCCAAGUUGGGAGAUCUCGUUAAGUUCGUGAAGAAAGUUGCUUAAAGAUGCCUAUAGUUUUAUUUCUUAUAAGAGACUUUAUAAUUUAAUAUAAUGUGGUUCUAUAUUUUCUCAAUCUUAUUUUCGAUCUAAAAUAUACAAUUAAUAAGUU